CCGUCUGGUUUAGCGACACCAGCACCGCUUCUUCCUCACGGACGCGCCGGAGUCUUCCGCAGCUGCCGCCUCGGUCCGAAGGAGGAAGGGAACCAACCCACUUUCUCAGCGCCCCGGCUCUUCUCUAAAGUGGAGUGUCAGCCAUCAGCAGAACUUUUAAAAGGCUAUCUAAGUAUUUGGGUUACUUCCUUAGGAUAGAUUGCCAGAAGUGGAGUUACUGGGUCAGAGGAAUGUGAAAACCUUUGCAUCUUCUGAUAGUCUAGCCAAGGUCCAAGAAGUAGCAAGCUGGCUUUUGGAAAUGAAUCAGGAACUGCUCUCUGUGGGCAGCAAAAGACGACGAACUGGAGGCUCUCUGAGAGGUAACCCUUCCUCAAGCCAGGCAGAUGAGGAACAGAUGAAUCGUGUGGUAGAGGAGGAACAGCAGCAGCAGCAGCACCAGCUAAGACAACAAGAGGAGGAGGAGCACACUGCAAGGAAUGGUGAAGUUGUUGGAGCAGAACCUAGACCUGGAAACCAGAAUGAUUCCCAGCAAGGACAAUUGGAAGAAAACAAUAAUCGGUUUAUUUCGGUAGAUGAGGACUCCUCGGGAAACCAAGAAGAACAAGAGGACGAUGAAGAACAUGCUGGUGAACAAGAUGAGGAGGAUGAAGAGGAAGAGGAAAUGGACCAGGAGAGUGAUGAUUUUGAUCAGUCUGAUGACAGUAGCAGGGAAGAUGAACAUACACAUAGUAACAGUGUCACAAACUCUAGUAGUAUCGUGGACCUGCCUAUUCACCAACUCUCCUCCCCAUUCUAUACAAAGACAACAAAAAUGAAAAGAAAGUUGGACCAUGGUUCUGAGGUCCGCUCUUUUUCUUUGGGAAAGAAACCAUGCAAAGUCUCAGAAUAUACAAGUACUACUGGGCUUGUACCAUGUUCAGCAACACCAACAACGUUUGGAGACCUGAGAGCAGCCAAUGGCCAAGGACAACAACGACGCCGAAUUACAUCUGUCCAACCACCUACAGGCCUCCAGGAAUGGCUGAAAAUGUUUCAGAGCUGGAGUGGACCAGAAAAAUUGCUUGCUUUAGAUGAACUUAUUGAUAGUUGUGAACCAACCCAAGUAAAACAUAUGAUGCAAGUGAUAGAACCCCAGUUUCAACGAGACUUCAUUUCCUUGCUCCCUAAAGAGCUGGCGCUUUAUGUGCUUUCAUUCCUGGAACCCAAAGACCUGCUACAAGCGGCUCAGACGUGUCGCUACUGGAGAAUUUUGGCUGAAGAUAACCUUCUCUGGAGAGAGAAAUGCAAAGAAGAGGGUAUUGAUGAACCAUUGCACAUCAAAAGAAGAAAAGUAAUAAAACCAGGUUUCAUACACAGUCCAUGGAAAAGUGCAUACAUCAGACAGCACAGAAUUGAUACUAACUGGAGGCGAGGAGAACUCAAAUCUCCUAAGGUGCUGAAAGGACAUGAUGAUCAUGUGAUCACAUGCUUACAGUUUUGUGGUAACCGAAUAGUUAGUGGUUCUGAUGACAACACUUUAAAAGUUUGGUCAGCAGUCACAGGAAAAUGUCUGAGGACAUUAGUGGGACACACAGGUGGAGUAUGGUCAUCACAGAUGAGAGACAACAUCAUCAUUAGUGGAUCUACAGAUCGGACUCUCAAAGUAUGGAAUGCAGAGACUGGAGAAUGUAUACAUACCUUAUAUGGGCAUACUUCCACUGUACGUUGUAUGCAUCUCCAUGAAAAAAGAGUUGUUAGCGGUUCUCGAGAUGCCACUCUUAGGGUUUGGGAUAUUGAGACAGGCCAGUGUUUACAUGUUUUGAUGGGUCACGUAGCAGCGGUCCGCUGUGUUCAAUAUGAUGGCAGGAGGGUUGUUAGUGGAGCAUAUGAUUUUAUGGUGAAGGUGUGGGAUCCAGAGACUGAGACCUGUCUACACACGUUGCAGGGGCAUACUAAUAGAGUCUAUUCAUUACAGUUUGAUGGCAUCCAUGUGGUGAGUGGAUCUCUUGAUACAUCAAUCCGAGUUUGGGAUGUGGAGACAGGGAAUUGCAUUCACACGUUAACAGGACACCAGUCGUUAACAAGUGGAAUGGAACUCAAAGACAAUAUUCUUGUCUCUGGGAAUGCAGAUUCUACAGUUAAAAUCUGGGAUAUCAAAACAGGACAAUGUUUACAAACAUUGCAAGGUCCCAACAAGCAUCAGAGCGCUGUGACCUGUUUACAGUUCAACAAGAACUUUGUAAUUACCAGUUCAGAUGAUGGAACUGUUAAACUAUGGGACUUGAAAACGGGUGAAUUUAUUCGAAACCUAGUCACAUUGGAAAGUGGGGGGAGUGGGGGAGUUGUGUGGCGGAUCAGAGCCUCAAACACAAAGCUGGUGUGUGCGGUUGGGAGUCGGAAUGGGACUGAAGAAACCAAGCUGCUGGUGCUGGACUUUGAUGUGGACAUGAAGUGAAGAGCAGAAAAGAUGAAUUUUGUCCAAAUGUGUAGACGAUAUACUCCCUGCCCUUCCCCCUGCAAAAAAAGAAAAAAAAGAAAAAAAGAAAAAAGAAAAGAAAAAAGAAAAAAAUCCCUUGUUCUCAGUGGUGCAGGAUGUUGGCUUGGGGCAACAGAGUGAAAAGACCUACAGACUAAGAAGGAAAAGAGGAAGAGAUGACAAACCGUAACUGACAAGAGAGGCGUCCGCUGUCUCAUCACAUAAAAGGCUUCACUUUUGACUGAGGGCAGCUUUGCAAAAUGAGACUUUCUAAAUCAAACCAGGUGCAAUUAUUUCUUUAUUUUCUUCUCCAGUGGUCAUUGGACAGUGUUAAUGCUGAAACAUCGUUACAGAUUCCGCUACCCUGUUCUUUUACCACUGAGACCUAGAAAGGAGCUGCAAUAACAUCAAAACAAGUACUGGUUGACUUUCUAAUUAGAGAGCAUCUGCAACAAAAAGUCAUUUUUUCUGGAGUGGAAAAGCUAAAAAGAAAAAUUACUGUGAAUUGUUUUUGUACAGUUAUCAUGAAAAGCUUUUUUUUUUUUUUUUUGCCAACCAUUGCCAAUGUCAAUCAAUCACAGUAUUAGCCUCUGUUAAUCUAUUUACUGUCGCUUCCACAUACACUCUUCAGUGCAUAUGUUGCUCAAAGGUGGCAAGUUGUCCUGGGUUCUGUGAGUCCUGAGAUGGAUUUAAUUCUUGAUGCUGGUGCUAGAAGUAGGUCUUCAAAUAUGGGAUUGUUGUCCCACCCCUGUACUGUACUCCCAGUGGCCAAACUUAUUUAUGCUGCUAAAUGAAAGAAAGAAAAAAACAAAUUAUUUUUUUUUAUUUUUUUUCUGCUGUGACGUUUUAGUCCCAGACUGAAUUCCAAAUUUGCUCUAGUUUGGUUACGGAAAAAAGACUUUUUGCCACUGAAACUUAAACCAUCUGUGCCUCUAAGAGGCUGAGAAUGGGAGAGUUUCAGAUAAUAAAGAGUGAAGUUUGCCUGCAAGUAAAGAAUUGAGAGUGUGUGCAAAGCUUAUUUUCUUUUAUCUGGGCAAAAAUUAAAACACAUUCCUUGGAACAGAGCUAUUGCGCCUGUUCUGCGGAGAAGCUUUUCUUUUUGAGGGCUGUGGUGAAUGGAUGAAAGUACAUAAUAAAACUGACAAAAUAUUUUAAAAAUAUAUAAAACACAAAAUUAAAAUAAAGUUGCUGGUCAGUCUUAGUGUUUUACAGUAUUUGGGAAAACAACUGUUACAGUUUUAUUGCUCUGAGUAACUGACAAAGCAGAAACGACUCAGUUUUUGUAGUAAAGGCGUCACACGCAAAAGAACGAGAUGAAUGAGAGUCGAUGGCUGCCUCAUUCUCCAAGAGCCACAACUCAAGCUGAACUGUGAAAGUGGUUUAACACUGUAUCCUAGGCGAUCUUUUUUUCCUCCUCCUGUUUAUUUUUUGUUUGUUUUAUUUAUAGUCUGAUUUAAAACAAUCAGAUUCAAGUUGGUUAAUUUUAGUUAUGUAACAACCUGACAUGAUGGAGGAAAACAACCUUUAAAGGGAUUGUGUCUAUGGUUUGAUUCACUUAGAAAUUUUAUUUUCUUAUAACUUAAGUGCAAUAAAAUGUGUUUUUUCAUGUUA